CGUGGUUUGUUUUUGAUCCCAGCUACGGUAUUACAAAUGCUGUCGUAUCAGAGGAUGAAUUCGAAACAGCGCGAGGUGUAUGACAUAGUCAAGAAUGCCAGUCAAUGGUUCAGCCUGCAUGAGAGGCAGUAUGGCGAUGCUGAAGCACAGGCGAUUGCAGAAGCGCUGAAAGUGAACAGGCGGCUGACUGAGCUCAAUCUGGGCUGGAAUCAGAUUGGCGAUGCUGGAGCGAAGGCGAUUGCUGAGGCACUCAAAGUGAACAGGACGGUGACCGUACUCGGUUUGAAUGAGAACCAGAUUGGCGAUGCUGGUGCCGAGGUGAUUGCUGAGACACUCAAGGUGAACGACAGACUGAGUGUGCUCAGUCUUGAUAACAACUUCAUUGCCGAACAUGGCAUCAAUCGCUUGAAACAAGUUGGCAACACGGCAUGCAACCCUGCGCUGGAACGUCAACACCCGCCUCCACCUGCUCAACUGCAGUCUCACGCUGCUCACGCGAAGUUCCAGGCCAACGUUUCAACUGAAAGUCCGCAAGUAGCACGUUCUACAGAGAACGUGACUCAGAGACAGCACCAGUGGUAUGACAAAGUCAAGAAUGCGAGUGAGCGGCUCAAUCUAUGUACGAAACAGAUUGACGAUGCUGGAGCGCAGACGAUUGCUGAGACACUCCAACUGAACACGACCGUGAGGAAGCUCGAUUUGAGUAACAAUCAGAUUGCCGAUGCUGGAGCGCAGGCGAUUUCCGAAGCACUCAAAGUGAACACAACGAUGAACCACAUUGAUCUGGGCGGGAAUUUAAUUGGCGAAGCUGGAGCACAGGCGAUUGCUGGGGCACUCAAAGUGAAUACGACACCGACCUUUCUCUUCUUGAGUGUCAAUCAGAUCGGCGAUACCGGAGCGCAGGCGAUUGCCGCAUCGCUCAAAGUGAACAAGAUGCUGACUACACUCAACUUGCGUGCCACUCAGAUCGGCGAUACAGGUGCGCAGGCCAUCGGUGAGGGACUGAAAGUGAACAAGACACUGACCUCACUCGAUCUGAGUUUUAAUCGCGUUGGGGAUGCUGCUGUGCGGGCAAUUGCAGAGGCGCUCAAAGUAAACACGGUCGUGACAGAACUCUACCUGUACUAUAAUCAGAUUGGCGAUGCUGGAGCGCAGGCAAUUGCUGAGGCACUCAAAGUCAACAAGACGGUGAUGUUUCUCAAACUUGAUCGGAACGUCAUUUCCGAAACUGGCAGCAAUGCUUUGCAACAAGUUGGCAACAAGACAUGCAACCUUUCCAUUUUGAAUCAAAGUACGCCUUCACCUGCUCAACUACAGGAGAUGGCUUCUCGCGCCGCUCAAGUCCGUCCAAGCGUUCCAACAACGACAGAUCCGCAAGUUGCCCGUUCUGCAGCCGCAGGCGUGCCACACGCUGCUCCAAGUUCCAGCCACGCUCCAUCUUCUCCGACGCCUCCUGCCCCUGCCUCCAAACCCCGUGGCAGCGCGAACGCGGGUCCCGCGAUACCAACUGACUCCACCGAAGAGAUCCGUCAACUGCAAGCUCGCAUUGCCCAGCUCGAACUCGAGCGCCAAGCACCACCAAUAACCUCUGCUGCACCCAUCCUCUCCACCAUUCCGCGAGUGUCGUUGCAAGUCCUAUCGGAAGCAACGGCGCAGUUUUCAGAGUCCAAGCGCAUCGGUGGUGGUGGAUUUGGUAGCGUCUACUCUGGUGUGUGGAGCGGUCAGCGAGUUGCUGUCAAACGGUUGGCAGCGGAUUCAACUCAAGGUGUCGCGCAGUUUGAGGCUGAGCUCGAAGCCCUCUCGCGUUUCCGUCACCCAAAUAUCGUCACCAUCAUGUGCUAUGCCCAGGAAGGCAACGAGCGUUGCUUGGUCUUCGAGCUGAUGCCAAACGGUUCUGUUCGCGAUCGUCUCGAUCGCAAGGGUGGCACGCCUGCAUUGAGUUGGCAGCAACGCCAAACCAUUGCCACAAGUAUUGCAAAUGCUAUGCACUUUGUGCAAACUGCCAUUCCGCGCCAGCCGCUGUUCCACUUGGAUCUCAAAACGGACAAUGUACUUUUGGCCGCUGACUUUCAUGCCAAGGUCGCCGACUUUGGUCUGACGCGCUCUAUGCCAGCUCAAGUGGAUGCUCACAGCUACAUUCGUACGCAAACUGUUCAAGGCACACUGCAGUACAUUUGCCCACAGUACCACCAGGAAGGCAAGGUCUCCAUCAAAACGGAUGUGUACUCUUACGGCAUGAUUCUACUUGAGCUCGUUACUGGACAGCAGCCCAGCCUCGACCUGAUGGGUACUGUUCGACGCGAGCUGAAAAAGAGCCGUAAAAUUGACGGGGUGCUUGACAAAGCAAUUGACUGGAGCCCGCAAGACAAGGACGCGGCUCAAGCCAUGGCGGCGGAUCUUGCGCCUGAUUGUCUCGAACCCACGCGAGUUGAUCGACCGUCGUUUGGCGAGAUCCUGAGACGAUUGUCGGGGGAAGAAGCUGGAGAAAACGAGGAAGAGGCUGUUGCAGGCAGCGAUCGAGAGUGCUUGGUCUGCUUCAACGCCCCGACCAAUGCCAAAUUGAUGCCGUGCUGCCACGCAUGUGUCUGCGUUGCAUGUGCUCAAUGGAUGAUUCAGCGUCAAGACAAGUGCAUGAUUUGCAGAGUCCUUCCGACCUCCUUUGAAACGGGCACAUACAACCAGACUUUUGUUCAGUGAGCCUUUGUGUUGUUUCUUGUUGAUGAUGAUGUUGCUGCAGUAUGGGAAAUGGAAUAGAAAUUUCCCAACCGUUCAGACUUGACCCGGAAUCUCAGUCUUUCUUUUCGUAUUCUGAAUAAUACUUGAAAUU